UAGUGAAAUCAUCUGUCAUUUACCAUGGCAUUGAUCAACUAUAGAGUGGUGUAUCUAGGAAAUCUUCGCAGUGACACAGGCCUGAAGAACCUCAAAGAUAACAUCCUAAAUCUAUUCAGACACUACUUGGGUAUCGGAAUUACCCUUGAUGAUAUCUUUAUACACACGAAUCAUGGGAAAGGUUCCUGGUAUGCUUUUGUAAAUUGUCACGAGGAACACCAAGCAGAAUUUGUCCUUGAUCAGCUGGAGACAUGGGAGUCUAGGAGACACACUCGCUUUAAUUUUACUUCCAUUUGUGAAGGAUCUCAGCCUUUGUUGAUCGACUACAAACGUGAAACAAAACACAAAAACAAGAAAUCAAGAAGAAAGAAGAGAAAACCAAAGGGUAAUGACUCCCCUGAUAUUACAGAGCAAUUUGAUGAAUAUUACCCAGAGGACUUAACUCGAGAAAAGCCGCUUCAAGAGAAUGAUUACACUAGCCUACCCUCCUUAAAGAGUGGAAAGAACUUCUUAGGUUUAACAAAGAAAAUUGACCAGCCUGCUCUUGGGAUAUACUUAGAUGGAGAACAACUUGGCAAUGAAACUAGAAAUAAGGAAUUCAAAAAAGGUGGAGGAGAAUAUGUUAAAAAUGUAAUGAAAAAACACGUUUCAAAGUAUGUGUGUGCUUUUCUGAACAGCGGAGAGGAGGGUACUUUGUAUCUAGGGGUGAAUGACAAUGGGUGUGUUGAGGGAAUCCCUUGCCAACAGGCCAGAGAGGAUGGGGUAAGGUUGGACAUUGAUGAAGCAAUAAAAACUAUCAUUCCUCCUGUGUUCCCAAACAUCUACGAAGUCAAGUUCACACCUGUGUUCUAUAAAUUAGGAGUCCCCAAAGAGGAUUAUAAAGUAAUAGAAAUAAUAGUCCAUGGCACAGGGGAUAUAGACCGAUUGUAUCAUUCUCCCCAUGGAGUUUUCUUGAGGAGGGAUGGAGGGGUGCAAUCACUGACUGUCCCAGAGAUUCAGGAGUGGUCAAUUCAGAAACACCAGAAAGAAAUAAGAAGAUUGGAGGAAAGGCUCCAGAAACAGGAGGACUUAUUUGAGAGGAGAACACAGGAGGAAAAGGACAAGAAAUCCAGAGUCUGUGUUGUCAUGUAGUUCUGUUCACCUGAGGAAAAAGAUCUCUCCUAGCUCAACACACAAAAAUCCAGGACACUUAAUUCAUUUACUUUCAAUGCAUUGAGCAAUAGCUUUUAAGACUUCCAAGUCUUGUUGCACCUUAAGAUUUUUAUAUUGAAGCUUUUUAAUAGAUACCACUGUUUAACAGUACAUGU